AUGGAAGACCAGGAUAUUAUCUUUAACAGACAAGCAGAAGAAACGGUUCACUCAUUUGGAAGCGAUGACGGGACUGAAGCAUUCACUACAGAGGACGGGUUGAGUGACCAUGAAUCGAUUCGAAGAAAAACACAACUUAGGUGGUAUGGACAUACGAAGCCGGAACGAGAUCUAAUCAAGCAGUUCAAGGCGACGCACAGGAAGAACCUGUCUUGGUUACUGUAUCGAGCAUUCUUGAUUGAACAACGCCGCAAAAGAGAAGUUAUCAAAAGACGCCAUCUAGAAGAAAUCGCAAAAGAGGACCAAACCGACGAAGAAGAACAAACCAAGAACUUGAAAGUUGGAUUGAGAAGCAGAGACUAUAUCACGGCAUGGCCGGCCCAGCCAGAAGUUCUGCAACCAGAAAAUUAUGGACUACGUCAGGGUUCUUUCAGUCGACACAAGCAAUAUCCAACACGAAGAGGUUUACCAAAUCGGGCAUUAGUUGAUCUGUCUGGGCUGCGACCGAAUGCUGUCCCUGAUCAACAAGAUACCACUUCGGAUUCUGAGAACGAGGAGAGUCAAUCAGAGGAAUCUGUCACCGGUCCAGGUGGAUUCGCGGAGUUGAACGAAAAACUUCACUCUUUCAAAAGAGAGCCAGAACCCCGACCGAGUGCACAGAUAGAGGAGGUCCUUUUGGCACGCUUGAUGAAAAUCAGCAAGGAAAAGUUUCGCAAACGAAUACACACUGGGCAGCUGCGUACUGAUGGCUUCGAUGUUUCGGCCGAUGAUGGAUUGAUGACUGUUCAACUACGGCCUUUGGCGCGAAAUUUGAUCGCCGGUCUGAACACCUUUUUACGUGGCAUGGAUGAGCAGGCAUUUGGGCGCGGAAAGAGACGGCUCCAUUACAACAACUGGGAGACCGUGAUGAUCAUGGCUUCGCAGCAGGGAUGGCCAAAAGCGAUUCUACGGCGAGCAACAGCAAGGUGCAAUGCUAUAUUCAAGGAAAGUGUACGGCCAGAACAGAAUCUGUCCACAAUCAAGGAACCAAAACAAGAAGAGUCGGCGGGACCCAAGCUCCACGGUAAAAACCAAUAUCUCUGCCCUGUGACAAACUGUCUACGACAUAGGAUACCAUUCGUCCAGUUUCAGAAUUGGAAAGAGCACAUGGAUAGGAGCCACGCAUAG